AUGAGAUUGACCCUGACUGAUUGCAAUCAACAACGAAGGCUACAAGAUACUGUGAUCGAUUUAGAGGUUGCCAAUCAUACUGCAUCACCCACUGUUGACCCCUCGGUUCAUGUUGUACUCAUCGGCCACUCAAUGGGCGGCAUAGUAGGAGCAGAGGCCCUACUUCUACUCGCAGCAGAGCAACCGAUUCCUCGAAACCCAACUUCCAACACGCAGUCAACGGCAGGCACCGAGUCCAUCGUGGAACCGGGGACCUUCAUGUUCCCCCAUAUUCAAGGCGUGCUUGCGUUUGACACUCCUUUCCUAGGCAUAGCCCCAGGGGUCGUGUCAUAUGGCGCCGAAGGCCACUACCGCAAUGCAGCCACCGCCUACAACACCUUUUCCGAGGUUGCAGGGCUGUUCGGUUAUGGUGGUAAAGGCAGCGGUUCGGACAAAGGGGCCACCGCUGCCACUUCGAAAGAGCCUUCCAAACCACUAGCUUCAUCUGAUGCUGCUGCAGCGCCCUCCUGGCAAAAAUGGGGCAAGUAUGCUAUGUUUGCAGGAGCGGCCGGUGCGGUUGCCGCUGGCGGUGCAGCUAUGUAUACCCAACGACAGAAACUGACCGAUGGAUUCGGAUGGGUAACAUCGCAUUUGGAGUUUGUUGGUUGCCUCGCACGUACACAGGAGCUCCAUAAGCGCGUCGAGCGUCUAUCGAAUGUGAAGGGGGAGCGAGGGAUCGGGUGUGUCAACUUUUACACGUGUCUUGGGAAUGGAGCAACGUCUCUAGUGGAAAAUACAUCAGCGGGCCAGACAUCUUUCAGCCAAAAAAUCAUCAGAGCAAAGAAUCGGACGUUCUGUUCAUUGCCAAAGGAAGUGGAAGACGGCGGGAAAUCGCACAGUCCGGGGCUCUUGUGGACCAAAGCCGUUAAUGACCAGGCCACUGAUGAGACCAACGCUCACACCACCAUGUUUCUCGCCAAACAAAAUCCCGCGUUCUUCGAGAUGCUGAGUGAAGCCUGUGCGGCACUUGUCAGGUCAGUAGACAUGGGCUGGUACGAGUCAGCCACGAAGCCAGCCAAGGGAGCGGACCAGCCACCAGAUACACAGCAUGCACCCAAAAAGCCACAAGGGGAGUUCAUGGAUGGGGAUGAUGUUGUUGUCAUCGAUUGA